AUGACCUCUGUAGAGGAAGGCGAAUCGCCUUCGGCAGAAGAAGUUACGGCGGGAAAUCCUGACGAAUUGACAAAGAAUCCCACAGCUUUAAAAGAAGCACACGAAGAAAUGGCAACUCUUGAUGUACUUGUUUGUGGGCAGUGCCAUUCUGCAUUCCAUUUUUUUGAGGAGUUCAAAGAGCAUAAAGAAGCCAAUAACUGUAUUGGCAAGUCUCCAGUAAGAGAUAGCAAUGAAAGCAAAGCCCAAGUUUGGGCAUUUCUUCUAUGGAAAUGCUCUUCUGCACGGGAUGGAUCCACAUCAAAUGCGGACAACAGUUGGAAACUGUAUCAACAGUGGUGCCGCAUGCCUGAAGCUCAAAGAACUGCCUGGAUAACCGCUGGAUCAAAUGUCCAAGAAUUAUCUAAAUUCGCUCAUGCAAAAGUUAUGGAAGUUAAGACUGAAGACCAUGUGGUUCCUGUCCAAGCUCCACCACCUGAAGUCAAAAAGCGUGGAAGGCCUAGAAAAUUUCCAAGAGCAGAAGAUUCAGAAACCCAGCCAUCAGGUGAAGAAAGUGAUGAUAUUAAGGCCAGCCCUGCUCAGAGACUGCUGUCUAAAGCAGUAACAUUCCAAACUCCAAAAUCUAAGGAUUUGACAGACAAGGAGUCUGUAAGAAAUGCUCAAGAGCGAGUACCACCCGAGGAACGGAUAGCUCGGCGUUCGGAACGUGAGGGUGGUGAUCCAGCAGAAGCUGGAGAGUAUGUUGUUGAAAAGAUUCUUGCGAAGAGAUUUAAUCCACGGCGGAAACAGUAUGAGUAUUUACUCAAAUGGGAAGGCUACCCUCAUGAACAAAAUACAUGGGAACCUGUGGAGAAUAUGGAGACUUGUAAGCACCUUUUGGAAGCAUUUGAGAAGCAACUAGCCCGACAGAAGGAACUAAAAGCUUUAAGAGCACAGCAACAACAACACCCAGUGCAGGUGAAACAAAUCAGUACACCCCUACCACAGAUAGUUAAGCAAGUAGUAAAGAAAUCCGACAGCCCUAUUAUUUCAUCAUCUGGUCGUCUGCAAAGAACCAGCAAAGUAAGAGCUUUGGACCAAGUGAAAGCGUGGUGUGGCGCGGAGGAUGAACCUGCUGCAAAGAAGAUAAAGAAAGAGCUAUCCAGUGAAGAGGAGGAUUAUUCUGAUGCAGAUUCUCCCAGAGCAGAGAAGAAAGUAAUGAAUGGGAAUGGUACGGAAUCACCAAAGUCAUCUAUAGACCCUGAUCUCGUCAAAUCGCUCGGACUGGGGGGCAAAGGAAUGCCGAAUAUUAAGGGCGUCAUCAAAGUCGACCCAAAACAUAUGCCGAAUCUUACCACAGGUGUUUACAUAAUGUCCAAGAGUUCUGGAAUCAUGAAGAUUGAUUCUCCAGGUAAAUUGGGUCCAGGGUUAAACAUAGAUCAGGAUGUGAUUCGGAAACAAAUUUUAGCUGCUAAACAGAAGAAGCUAGAAGAAAGUAAAAAGAGUUCACCAAUGCGUACACCAAUUUCGUCACAACCGAAAAGAACAUAUGGAUCUGGUGGCCAACAAGUGACAGAAAAGACUAUUAUAACACCUUCUGGGCAAAAAAUUAUACAACGUACUAUACAGAGGCCUUACGGACAGUCAGAAGGAAAGUCUCCUGUAACUAUCCUUAACAAAAAGUUGGCACAGGGCGACAGUCUCUUGCGACGGGGCGGACUAGGCCGCGGCCGAGGACGCGCCGGUUACGCGGUGGCGACGGCGGCUGGCAAUAUCGUCCGCAUACGCGACAAGACCAUCUCCUUCGACUUUGAUAGAUCGGAUGCGUCGUCCGAAUCGUCGGACGGUAUAGAGGAUCCGUUCCCGCGGGACCUAGGGCCGUUGCCGCCGCCAAGCCCCGAUCGGGAGCUGACGCUGUGCCCGCUCACGGGCAAACGGUUGGCGCGCGCGGAGGGCGAGCCAACGCCGCCCCCCACCCCGCCGCCGCCGCCCACGCCCCCUCCCGCACCCACGCCGCCCCCGCAGCACAACGCCACGAUGCUCAUGAAGGUUGAAAUGUCACCUGGUGGUACAACAGGAAUGUUGGUCCAAGGUGAUGGGGCACAACCAUCACUGCCUGUGCUUACAGAUGAAGAUGGAACAGAAGUCAAGGUUGAAGCUAGUGCAGUAAAGCAACUUCUAGAAAGUGGUGUUGGCGUAGAUGAAGGUGAAGAGGUUGGAUUAUUACAUGCUGGUCAUCCUCCAAUCAUGAUCCGAGGGGAAGAUGGAGUCCUGUAUCAAGUGGCUGGUGAAAAUGAAGCUGGUCAAACCUUGUUAGUAGCAGCAGAGGGUGUAGAAGGAGCAGUAGAAGGAGUGGAGGGCGGAGUAGAAGGGGAGGGUGAUGGUGUCAUGUAUGUUACAAGGGAAGAUGGACAGGAUGUUUUGGCCAUCGACCCUACGCAACUGGCGCAACUGAUGCCCGGCGGUGAGGCUGCACCCGCGUUGCAGCAAGUGGCCGUCCAGGUUGAGGGAGAGCCUGGUGAGGAUGCUACUCAGGUCAUCGCCCAACUCGUUCAAGCCGACCUACCCUCGCCAGGUGGCACCCGACGAGUUGUGCUUUUAUUGCCCGAUGGCAGUUUCACAAUGACAGAGCUGGACAAGGAACAGUACGAGUCCAUAACAGAAGCAAGCAAAGCACAAGAA